ACUGACAAAAGUCGCCCACACCUAAAUUGCCGACAGUUGUGGCGGCUGCAGUCUGUCCUUCUGCUAAUAGACUUUUUAUAUGAAUUUAUUAUUACUCGCAGUUCAAAUUAAAUCGGUAGAAAAUCAAAAGUUCAGUGAAAAAGAUUGAAUGAGAAGUUACCUUUAAAGACACUUGACAGUGAGAAAAAAUUUGAUACUGCCAUGCCUCUGGCACAGUUUGCAGACCCUUGGCGAAAGGUACACAUCAAGCAACAGGCUGAGAACACUACAGAAGAAAUGCUGGUUGAUGAUGUCGAAACAAACCAUCAACACUGCAAUGAAGUAGACCGCGAAAUUGAACUGACCGAUGUGACUAGAGAUGGAUACGACAAAGCGGAAGCCUCGCAUUUCGAACUACUAAAAGUUCUAGGACAAGGGUCCUUUGGAAAGGUUUUUCUUGUUCGUAAAAUUGUCGGAAGAGAUGCAAACACACUCUAUGCUAUGAAAGUAUUAAAAAAAGCUACGUUAAAAGUUCGAGACCGCGUUAGAACAAAAAUGGAGCGCAAUAUCCUUGCCGAUGUUCGCCACCCCUUUGUCGUUAAGCUGCACUACGCAUUCCAAACGGAGGGAAAACUGUAUCUUAUUCUUAACUUUCUUCGCGGAGGCGAUCUUUUUCAUCGGCUUUCCAAGGAGGUAAUGUUUACAGAAGAAGACGUUAAAUUCUACCUGGCCGAGUUGGCUUUGGCUUUGGGACAUCUUCAUAACUUGGGUAUAAUGUACCGCGAUCUAAAACCAGAAAAUAUUUUAUUAGAUGCCGAUGGCCACAUAUCCUUAACUGAUUUUGGCUUGAGUAAAGAAGCCCUGGAUGAGAAGAAAGCUUAUUCGUUUUGUGGCACGGUAGAGUACAUGGCCCCUGAAGUAGUAUCGCGCAAAGGACAUUCAUUCGCCGCCGACUGGUGGUCUUAUGGAGUUCUGAUGUAUGAAAUGCUGACUGGAACACUGCCUUUUCAAGCCAGUAAUCGGAAGGAAACAAUGACGCAGAUACUUCGAGCUAAACUUGGCAUGCCGGGCUUUCUGUCUGUAGAAGCUCAGUGUUUGCUCCGUGCACUAUUCAAGCGUAAUCCGGAUAAUCGAUUGAGUUCAGUUGAUGAAAUCAAGCAGCAUCAGUUUUUCUCUACCAUUGAUUGGGACAAGCUGUUGAAGAAGGAAAUCGAGCCACCAUACAAACCGGCAGUGAGCCGAGUGGAUGAUGCGUUCUAUUUUGAUACAGAAUACACAUCCAAAACACCAAAGGAUUCUCCAGAAAUCCCACCCAGUGCCACGGCUCAUGAACUUUUUCGUGGUUUUAGUUUUGUCAAUCCUCUCCUAAUUCCAGAGGAAGGCAACGGCAAUAUUACCGCUCCCAGUUGUGUCGUCUCUGGAAGAAUGGUCGAUGCUCUAUUAGCCAAAAAUUUCUAUGCUGCCAAACUCAAUUCUAUUGCUGAGGAUUACGAAAUUCUUGAGGAGAUUGGGACUGGUAGUUACUCAGUCUGCAAAAAAUGCUUACACAGAGCCACUCGUGUGGAAUUCGCUGUUAAGAUUAUCGACAAAUCAAAGCGUGACUGCCAGGAAGAAGUAGAAAUCCUUUUCCGUUACGGAGGUCACCAAAAUAUAGUUACGCUGCGUGAUAUCUAUGAAGACGAACGAUACGUUUACUUGGUAAUGGAGCUGAUGCGAGGUGGGGAGUUGCUCGAUAGAAUUCUCCGUCAGAAGAAUUUUAGUGAGCGUGAAGCCAGUAUUACAAUGUUUGUGGUUACGUCUGCUGUUCAGCAUCUUCACAAGAAUGGCGUUGUUCAUCGGGACCUUAAACCAUCGAACAUAUUAUACGCAACUACUGAAGCCCAUCCUGACUCGCUGCGAAUAUGUGACUUCGGCUUUGCCAAACAACUACGUGCAGAAAAUGGAUUAUUGAUGACACCCUGCUAUACAGCAAAUUUUGUAGCGCCAGAGGUACUGAAGAGGCAAGGCUACGACAAAGCAUGUGAUGUUUGGAGUCUAGGUGUUUUACUGUAUACCAUGCUUGCUGGUCACACUCCUUUCGCUACAGGACCGUCUGAUUCUGCCGAAGCCAUAUUGCAUCGAAUCGGAGAAGCUAACUACGAUCUUGUUUCAGGUAAUUGGAAUCACGUAUCCUCUCCAGCCAAAGACCUCGUCCGUAAGAUGCUCGAUCUAGAUCCAGCCAAACGUCUAACGACAGCUCAAGUAAUAGCUCAUCCAUGGAUUCAACAGCGCCACUCUCUCCCAGAGAAUCAGUUAGCCAUGCAGGAUGCACGUCUAGUGAAAGGGGCCGUAGCCGCAACAUACCGUGCUAUCAGUUCGUCGCCUUUAGCUCCACACUUAGCACCGGUUCAAAAUUCACAACUGGCCAUGCGACGACGUAAAUCGCGUCCUAAAACGACUACUGAUAUAUAGGCUAGCAAAAGAACUCGGUUCGUUUCAACCAACAAAUUUGAAUGGAUAACCGUUGUCAUUCCAGUGUUUGUUACUGCAGGAGAGUUUGCUUUUCACACAAAAUGUUUGCGCCGUGUUAGGUUUUUAUAUGUUCGAUGUUUUUUGCGGUUAUUAUUUUUUUCAUUAUAAUUAUUUUUUUUUUUUUCAUUUUUCAUUUGCUGUUCAAAUGUUCAUCUACAAAUGCCAUCACAUUUUGAUUUAGUUGAACACACUUAUUUUAGGGUGCGAGGAUUAGAAGUGUGCUGUGCCAAAAGACGGUCUUUUGUCAUUGAAAAUAAUGUAUUUUUUCUAUUGGCUAAUUUUUUGGUCGAGUUCCCAGCUUUUCUUGUUUAUCGUAAUGUUAAAGACACCCUCAUUUACGUGAUUGAAAGUCCAAAAAUGUUUUCUCCUUCAUGAGGUCCAACAUGGUUAGUAUGGUGCUUUGAAACGUUGCCCUUCUGCAACAAUUUUUUUAAAUUCUUCCUUUGCAACGGCCUCAGGUUUGUAUAUGAAAGAAUACACAGUUCUGAUU